AUGCGAUGCGUAAAGGCCAAUCGACUCUGCGAGGGAUACGACGACCCAGACGCCCUGGUAGCGCAGCCCAAGAAGCCUCGGGGCCUGGCGCCGCUCGCCCCUCGCCCGGGGGCGGGGGCGGGGGCGGGGGCGGGAAGCGUCCCCCAAGGCGCCGACGUUCGCAUCCUGAUGACCCCCGGCGUGGAAGCGGCGCUGUUCCGCCACCAGAGGCAAUGGGACGCGUUCCAGGUUUUCGUCGUCAACCACGAGCAGGGCGACACCAUCUUGAGGGACGGCAUGGGGGUGAUGAUGCUGCAGUGCUCCCACUCCGAGACGGCCCUCCGCGAGGUCUGCAGCGGCAUCGGGGCGCUGGUCAGGGUGCUCGGCCACCACAUCUUCGACGAGGAGCCGAUGGACGCAGACUACAGCCAGGCCCUGGAGCACUACGGCCGGGGCGCCAAGGCCGUCGUCAGCGCCGGCACGGCGGCGGACAACCUGCCGAGCGUGAUCCUGACGUCGUUCCUGUUCGUCACCUUUGACAUGAUAGCCGGCAACGUCGCGUCCGCCGUCAAGCACCACAACCACGCCGUCGCCAUGAUGGAGCAGUACGUCGACGUCCGGGUCGAGCGCGAGGGGGUGCCGCUCGAGAGGCUCCGCUUCUCCCGCCUCGAGACCGGCAUGUACGAGUGGUUGCUGCGCCACGACACCCACCCCUGGGCCCUCGGCUUCGGCGGCCCGGAGUGCCUGCGGACCAUCGCCCCGGCCCGGAGGUUCCCGCACUGCCGCCACAGGCACACGAUGCGGGACAUCCCGGAGGCCUUUGACGCCAUCGCUCAGGCCACGUCCUGGUGGUACGUCGCGCAGCACGCCAUGCUGCACUGCCUGCACGAGAUCAAGCUCAAGACCAAGGCGAAGACCAAGACCAAGGUCCCGAAGGGCGGAGACGAGGAGGACGGCAGCAGCGCGGCGUCGUCCCUCUGGGGAGAAUGCGUCGCGAUCCUGCAGUCCUGGCGCGCGAGCUUCGCGCCUCUGCUGCAGGCCGCCAGACGGCACCGCGACCGCAGCUACCGCCGCUGGUUCAAGGCCAUGACGCUCGAGACGCUCUACGUCGAGACGCUCGCGGCCGUCCACGCGCGGCGGCCCGGGAACGGGAGCGCGGACGUCCUCGUGCCCCCCGCCGCCGUCGCCGCGUCGCCGCUGUACGUCGAGAUGAUCCGGCACGCCGUGCGGCUGGCCGAGGCGCUGGGGCCGUUCAACGGGGUGGAGACGCUGGUGGAGGAGAACGAUAUCGUGCGGCCGCUGGCGUGCGUGCAGUUCAAGACGCGGGACCCGGCCGUCGUGCGGGAGCUGACGGGCGCGCUGCGGCGCCUCGGCGGCGGAACGGGCAUCGCCGAGAGCUUGCUGUACAUGCGCGAGUUCCGGGGCCAGGGCCGGCCGCUGAAGGGGUUGGAGAGGGGCUGGGGCUUCGCCAUGACCUCGGCGGGGAUGACCAUGGGCGCCGAGUUGCUCGAUUACCUGGACUGA